AUGUCUAGAGCACUCAGUAGCCCUGCCUGCGAGGUGUCACUUGAAUCUUAUCACGACUGGAGUGGCAGAUGUCCGUCGCAAGUCAUAAUAUUUCAACUAUUAUUGGCCAUUACCGAAGGGAGUGGCAAUAGUGCUGUACGCGAGAAACUGCAAGAGGUUGGUCCUGGUUUGACAAAUACGGAAUUAGGGGCUCGCAUCAGUCUUACUGCUGCUUUGGAGAACCUUGAAAUAGGCUAUAAGCCAAAUUUCGCCUAA